CCUAAUCCAAAAGCCAAACAUACACAAACAUGGCGAUAUCCCAAGCGGGCAAGAUGCAGUCCUCUGUUCGCUGUUCGUUGUAUUUAAUAGUUCUCUGGGUCGCUGGAUUAAAUUCGUCGACCCUUCGUCUUCACCCGGAGCAGCGUUACAUGCUGCCGCAAAACAGAGGCUUUUUCACAAUAGGAGCAAACGAGGAUUCAGCAGACGGAGAUGGAGGAGGCGCCGCGGCUCCAGCGCAGCCUCUGGCCGCUCGCAGUGCCGCUGAAGGCGGGUUGGACUCGGGUGUCUAUCCGCAGCAUCGAAGCCGCCGGAGCACUAGUGAAUCGACCAUGCCAAAGGUGUACGGACAGGCCAACCUGAACGACUCCCAUAACCAGAUGGUGGUCCACUGGGCUGGAGAGAAGAGCAAUGUGAUCGUAGCCUUGGCUCGGGACAGCGCAGGAGCCACUGGGCCCAAAACCAGCUCCGUCUACGUGUCCUACGACUACGGGACCACUUUCACGCUCGUCUCAGACAAGUUUCAGCUUUCAGGGGCCAAGGCCAAGGACGGCAGCAAGCAGGUCAUCUCCCAGUUCUACCACAGCCCUGCAGACAACAGGAGGUACCUUUUCGUAGACUCCACCAACAACUACCUGUGGAACACCUUUGACUUCUGUAAGAGUGUCCAGGGCUUCUCCCUGCCCUUCAAGCCCACAGACCUGCUGCUCCACAGCAAAAGAUCCAGCCUGGUGCUCGGCUACGACAGCUCUCACCCGAACAAACAGCUGUGGAAAUCAGACGACUUUGGGGAGACAUGGGUGUUGAUCCAAGAGCACGUGAAGACCUACUUUUGGGGCGUGGAGCCCCACGACCCCCCUACCACAGUGUUGGUCCAGAGACAGGAGCCCCAGGGUGUCUCCACCAUACUCAGCAGCACCGACUUCUUCCAGAGCGAACACAACCGCAGAGUGAUCCUGGAGCAGGUUGAUAGCUUCCAGCUCAGAGAGAAGUACAUGUUCGCCACCACCACACGGAAACUAUUUGGCAGCCACGAACCCUCGUCUGUUCAGCUCUGGGUCUCCUACAACCGCCAGCCAAUGAAAGCUGCCCAGUUUAUGACCCGACAUCCAAUCACAGAGUACUACAUAGCAGAUGCAUCAGAGGACCAAGUGUUUGUGUGUGUGAACCACAUGAACAACGUCACACACCUGUACAUCUCAGAUACACAGGGCCUGUCCUUCUCUCUGUCACUGGAGAACGUUCUGUAUUACAGUCCUGAGGGCUCCGGCAGCAACACACUGAUCAGGUACUUUGCCAACGAGCCUUUUGCAGACCUGCACCGAGUGGAGGGCCUGCGAGGAGUUUUCAUCGCCACACUCAUCAACGGCUCAGUCAGCGAAGACAACAUGCGAUCUGUCAUCACUUUCGACAAGGGAGGGACGUGGGAGCUGCUUCAGCCACCUGCUGCCGACAGCCUGGGAGGAACUGUGGACUGCCAGCUCAGUAAAGGUUGCUCUCUCCACCUGGCUCAGCGAUGGAGCCAGCUGUUCAAUAUCCAGCUGAGGAGGAUGCCCAUCUUAUCCAAGGACUCUGCACCAGGACUCAUCAUGGCAACAGGAUCUGUUGGCAGGAACUUGGCCAACAAGCCUAAUGUGUAUGUAUCCAGCAGCGCCGGAGCUCGAUGGAAGGAGGCACUGGCAGGCCCACAUUUCUACACAUGGGGUGACCAUGGUGGUAUUCUGAUGGCUAUCGCGCAAGGAGGCGCCACCACACAUCUCAAGUUCAGCACCAACGAAGGCGAGACGUGGACCGACUUUCAGUUCUCAGACAGGGAGGUGUAUGUUUACCAGCUGCUGACUGAACCUGGGGAGAAGAGCACCAUCUUCACCAUUUUCGGCUCCUACGCCGACCAGAGGCACAGCUGGCUCAUCCUGCAGGUCAACACCUCCGACGUUCUGGGUGUGCCGUGUUCUGAGGCUGACUACAAGCGCUGGUCUCCGUCAGAUGAGCAUGGUAACGAGUGUCUGCUGGGCAGAGAGAUCACGUUUAAGAGGCGAGCGCCCCACGCUACAUGUUUUAACGGAGAGGAGUUCGACCGGCCCGUCACCAUCUUGAACUGCUCCUGCACACGCCAGGACUAUGAGUGUGACUACGGCUUCAAGCUGAGUGAAGACUUGUCUCUGCAGGUGUGUCUGCCUGACCCUGAGUUCGUAGGUGACCUCUACGCUCCUCCGGUGCCAUGUCCUGUCGGUACCACCUACCGCCGCAGCAAAGGGUACAGGAAGGUGUCGGGCGACAGCUGUAGUGGAGGAGACGUGGAGUCCAGACUGGAUGGAGAGAUGCUGCCUUGUCCUGUCGGAGAGAGUAACGAGUUCAUCCUGUACGCUGUGAGGAACUCCAUCCACCGCUACGACCUGGCCACAGGCACAGACCAGGCCCUGCCUCUGGCCGGCCUCAGGGAGGCUGUGGCUCUGGACUUUGACUAUGACAGGAACUGCCUGUACUGGGCUGACAUCUCACUGGACACCAUACAGCGGCUGUGUCUGAACGGCAGCUCAGGUCAGGAGGUUGUAGUGAGGAAAGAUCUGCAGAACGUGGAGGCUCUGACCUUUGACCCCAUCAGUAGACUGCUGUACUGGGUUGACGCUGGAGCGCAAAAGAUUGAGGUGUCUAACCCUGAUGGCGACCUGCGUCACACUCUGCUCAACUCUUCUGUCCUGGAACACCCCCGAGCUCUGGUUCUGCUGCCUGGAGAGAGUCUGAUGUUCUGGACUGACUGGGGUGACCGCGCAGCCGGUGUUUACCGGAGCUACAUGGAUGGAUCCAAUGUGUCCUGCAUUGUGUCUGAGGGUGUCCGCUGGCCCAAUGGGAUCACAGCUGACGACCACUGGCUGUACUGGACCGAAGCCUACAGUGACCGCAUCGAGAGGGCUGACUUCACGGGGGGCCAGAGGAGCGUUCUCAUGGAGGGGCUGCCCCACCCAUAUGCCAUCGCUGUUUUCAAGAAUGAUCUGUACUGGGACGACUGGUCCAGAAUGGGAAUCUUCAAAGCUCCAAAAGGCGGCUCCCAGAGCAACGAGCUGAUUGUCGGCAGACUAACCGGGGUCAUGGACCUCAAGAUCUUCUAUAAGGGGAAGAACAGAGGCUAUAAUGCCUGCGCCGACCAGCCGUGCAACCUGCUGUGUCUGCCGCAGCCCGGCCACCGGCACACCUGUGUGUGCCCUGACGGUGCCCCGACGGUAACCAUGCCCAACGGAGAGCUGCAGUGCCAGUGUCCCACAGGCUAUCAGCUCCAAAACAACACCUGCGUCAAGACCGAGCACAGCUGUUUGCCCAACCAGUACCGCUGCUCUAACGGGCGUUGCAUCAGCAGCAUCUGGAAGUGUGACAGCGACAACGACUGUGGAGACAUGAGUGAUGAACAGGAGUGCCCCACUACGACCUGUGACCCGUCCAAUCAGUUCCGUUGCGUGGCCUCAGGGUCCUGCAUCCCCCUGGCCUUCAAAUGUGACCAUGAAGAUGACUGCGGAGACAACAGCGAUGAGGAGCACUGUGAGUCUCACCAGUGUGGCACAGGAGAGUUUACAUGUGCACGAGGUGUUUGUAUCCGCGAGGCAUGGCGCUGUGACGGAGAUAAUGACUGCAGAGAUUGGUCAGAUGAGGCCAACUGCACAGUUGGCCACCAUACAUGUGAGGCCAAUAGCUUCCAGUGUCACACCGGUCACUGUAUACCUCAGCGCUGGAUGUGUGACGGUGAUGAUGACUGCCAGGAUGACUCUGACGAAGACCCCCAAUAUUGUGGUGGAACUCGCUGUAAUGGCUUCUCCUGCUCCAACCACACCUGCCUCCCAGCAACAGCACACUGCAACGGCAUUCAGGAGUGUUCAGACGGAGCUGAUGAGCACAACUGUGACCCGCUGUGCACUCGCUACAUGGAGUUCGUAUGCAAGAACCGAGCCCAGUGUCUGUUUCAGUCCCUGGUUUGUGACGGGAUCAAACACUGUGAAGACGGAUCGGAUGAGGACACAGAGUAUGCUGGAUGUGCCACGCCGUCUGAGUUUGGCAAAGUGUGCGAUGCCUACACCUUCCAGUGUGCCAACGGAGUGUGCGUGAGCCUGGAGUGGAAGUGUGACGGCAUGGACGACUGUGGAGAUUACUCUGAUGAAGCCAACUGUGCUGCUCCCACUGAGGUCCCAGGCUGCUCCAGGUAUUUCCAGUACGAGUGUAGAAAUGGACGCUGUAUUCCAACGUGGUGGAAGUGUGAUGGAGAGAAUGACUGCGGGGACUGGUCUGAUGAGGCCCAGUGUACAGGUGGUGUUACUCCUCACACUGUUGCCCCUGGUCCCUCUACGUGUGCCCCCAACCGCUUCCACUGUGGCUCUGGAGCUUGUAUCGUAAACACCUGGGUGUGUGACGGCUACGCUGACUGUCCCGAUGGCAGCGAUGAGCUGGGAUGUCCCACAGCAGCCAAUGGCUCGGUGACGCUGCCUCCAGUACCCACCCAGGCACCUCCUCCCGUGCCCGCCCCUGGCCGUUGCACUCGGGGUCAGUUCCUGUGCCGCCGACCCCCCCACUGCAUCCCCGACUGGCAGCGCUGUGACGGCCAGCUCCACUGCCAGGACGGCUCUGAUGAAGCCCACUGUCCCACUCGUGGGCCUCUGUUCUGCAUUAACGGGACUCGCUGCUCUGACGGUGAGGCCUGUGUGCUGGACAGCGAGAGGUGCGAUGGCUUUCUGGACUGCUCCGACCACAGCGACGAGGACAACUGCACCUUGGACACGCUGGCCUAUAAAGUCCAGAACCUCCAGUGGACCCCAGACUUUUUUGGUGCCAUCACCCUGACCUGGUCUCGCCCCAAAAACCUUCCCCUGGACUCAUGCUACUUCCUCAUAUACUACAGGCUCGUGGGCACCCAGCAGUGGACCAUUAUGGACACUCACAGCAACAAGACCAGCUACAAACUGACCGUGCUGAAACCAGACACCAGUUACCACGUCAAAGUGCUCACUCAGUGUCUGAGCAAGCUGCAUAAGACCAACGAGGUGAUCACCGUCAGGACACCAGAGGGAUUGCCCGACCCACCCAGGAACCUGCAGCUGUCUUGUGAUAACGCCGAGGAUGGGACGGUGGAAGUGUCCUGGAGCCCUCCGGACAAAGGACACGGCCUCAUCAGAGAGUACAUUGUUGAGUACACUGAGCGAGGAGGUCUUGAUUGGACGUCACAGAAAUGCACCACAACCCACACUGAGGUGAAGGAGCUGCAGCCAGACACACAGUACAGCUUCAAGGUUGCAGCAGUGACCAGUCGUGGGGUGGGCAACUGGACUGAAAUCAAAUCCAUAACCCCUAAGAAAGCUCUGCCCCCUCCCUCUGUGAUCGCUGACAGCAUCACCACCGACUCCAUGAGCCUUUCAUUCAGCUUCAACUCCCAGUACGAGGUGAAGCAGUACGUAGUGAUUCUGUCCUGGCAGUUUGACACCCACGUCAAGGAGAACAAGAACUACACAGUCAGAGAGAAGAUCCUCAAAGCUACAAACCUGACAGCAGGCACAGUGUAUGAGGUGGCUGUGUGGGCUCACACCAGUAUAGGAGACAGUCCCACCGCCCUGUCCCAUCAUCAGACCAGCGGCACCCAGCCAGACCGGCCCCUCCUUAAAGCCCGGGCCCUAAACCAGACAGCUGUGGACUGCAGCUGGACCAUCAGCGGACCCCCUCCUCAGGUGUAUGGUGUGUUUUAUGCCACCUCCUUCCUGGACCUGUACCGCAGUCCUCGUCAGGUCAGCAGCACCUCUCUGAGCCUGACGGUCACAGUCGACAGUGAUGAACAGUAUCUCUUCCUGGUGCGUGCCGUCUCUCCCUUCCUGGGUCCACCCUCUGAGUAUGCUGUGGUGAAAAUGAUUCCCAACGAGAGGCUGCCACCCAGGAACCUCCACCGCGUGCGAGCCGACAAGACGCAGGCCACGCUGAAGUGGCAGCCGCCCUACGACGCCCCAAACACACCUCUGACGUAUGCCAUCCACGUGCGGGACGUGAUCCGUAAGGUGGAGCGGGACUACAAGCUGACCACCCAGAACAACACGGUGGAGUACCUGCUGAAAGGCCUGGAGCCCGGCGGACGAUACAGCGUCUCUGUCCGCCUGCGCAACAUGAGCAAGGAGGCCAGCUUCACUCUGAGCACAGUUCCUCUUCCAGCUCCCGAAGCCUUGAAAAUUUUGACAGAGAAAGACCAUGUGUUCCUGUUCUGGAAGAGUCUGGCCGUCAGAGAGAAGGGCUUCAAUGAGAGCAGGGGCUAUGAAGUGCAUGUGUAUGACAGCGUGACCAACCAGACCUCCUACCUGGGAAACACCACAGAGACCUAUUUCCGGAUCAGCAGCCUGCUGGUGGCACACAACUACACCUUCUCUGUGCAGGCCCGCUGCCUGCUGAACGGCCAGCUGUGUGGGGAACCUGCACUCCUCCUCUAUAACCAGCUGACAGCAGGGGCCAGUGACGCCUCCCGCGGCGAGGGCCACUCGGGAGACAUGGCGGCGGUGGUGGUCCCGGUCCUCUUCUUGCUGCUGCUUGGAGUGUGUGGCGGCUUGGUGGUGCUCUACCUCCGGCACCGCAGACUGCAGAACAAUUUUACCGCCUUCGCGAACUCCCAUUACAACUCCCGCCUGGGCUCCGCUAUCUUCUCCUCCGGGGAUGAACUGGGCGAUGAUGACGAAGAUGCCCCCAUGAUCAGUGGCUUCUCAGACGACGUUCCCAUGGUCAUCGCGUAGCAAGACGUCCUUCAGUCACCUAUUUCUCUCCUCCCUUCUCCCCUUCUCUUCUUCUGCCCCCACUCCCCUCUUACUCCCCAUCACUCCCCAUCAGUGGCGCGGUGCGUCGGAGUGAAGAAGGAACAGGCGGAAACUUGGCUGCCAUCCCAAACCUGUCGAUGGGAAACCACCCCGAUUAGCAGGAAACAUGAAGAAAAAUGGAAAAGAGAGAAAUAGAUAUUUUUCAAAUAUACAAUGCACUUUUUUUGGAUGCGCAAUAACUUAUUUUUUAUAAUAUUAAAUAUAUAUAUAUAUAUAUGUGGGGUCAAAAAAGGACUGUGAGGAAGAGGUGGACACUGAAGCAAACUGUGAAGGAUUUGAGUUUGUGAAGCGCGCCGGGGAAAGAGAGACCCUAUUUGUAAUGCAGACUCACUAUCCAUAGGAGCGGUUCAUUGCUUGAAGCCAAAAUAAGCAUCCAGAGACUGGAAUAUAGAAUGCAAACAACACACAUUGAAAAAAAAAUACAAAUAUAUAGACAAAUGCUGUAUACAAUAUGUACAAAUAGAAAAUAUUGGAGCAGUAAUAGUUACAUAUGUUGGUGAUAGUACUGUGUGUACUAUAGCAGUCUAUGUAACAUUGGUGCCUAGUGUGAGGCAGUGGGAAGAGUCAACUGUGGGUCAUGUUUCAUCAUUUACUGAAUUUGAAUUGUGUGUGUGUGUUUGGAUGAUCACCAGUUUAGAAACUGCUGAUUAUUGUAAACGCAUGAACAAAGUCUUUGACACUCAGCGCAACCAAACUGCUCAGUGAUUGGAUUCACCAGUGGCACCGUGUAGUGUCCUCAUACGUAGAUACACCUUUAUUUUCCACCACCAGCACACUGUUGUAUGUCUGUUUGUAACACACGUACCAUGAUAGGAGAAUAUUCCUGGCUUUGAGGCGGGGGGCGGGGGGUGGGGGAUCACAGCAUUGUUGCGAUCAUCAGAACUAUUUGUAAAUAUUGGCUUUUAAUAUGUCCUCUCCUUGUAAUGCUGCACCAUCAUUCUGUAAAAUAUGUACUUUUUUUAAUCAUUCAGGACCACAAAUGAUCAUCCCCAGCAUUUCGCCAUAGCUGUAGUCGGAGAGGAAGUGGGUUCUCAGGGAACUGUGUCGGAGCGGACACCAUUGCAGCACCACCAUCGCCACCAUGGCUUAGGCAGCACUGUCCAUCUACUGUUGAAUGGGUACAGAAACCUUUGAGAAGGUCCUGGAUCAGCUGUGGGUGAAGGACUAGCAGAUGCACGUUAUUGUCAGCAGUGAUGUGUGCGAUGAAGAGUCAGAUUCAGGCUCACCACACGGUUUGGAGAAAAAAAAAAGUAGAUUAAUUCAAACAAAA